AUGAAAUCUUACAAACUAGUCGCCUGGGGGCAAGAAGGCCAGUAUGUCGAGUCACCAAAGCCAGUCCCAGGCCCUGCCGAUGUUCUCAUUUGCGUCAAGGCUGUCGGUCUCUGCCGCUCAGACCUCGAUAUGAUGGACAGCCAACCCGGCAGUGAUCCAUACGCCUCCGCCAUAGACGCAGACUACAUUCUCGGCCACGAAACAUCUGGCGUCAUUGAAGCUCUCGGGUCUUCCGUGACCGACUUAUCCAAGGGAGAGAGCGUCGUUGUCCAUCACAUGAGGCACUGCGGGUUCUGUAAUUUCUGCGAGGCUGGGGUCGAGCAGCACUGCGAACACUUUAAGCGAGGGGCUAUUGGAAUGACAAGGGGCUGUGGCUUUGAUGGUGGUUUGGCUGAGUACCUUGUUGUACCUCGCACUGAGCUCGUGUCUAUCGGCCAUGAGGAUCCGGUUCUGUAUGCCCCUCUCACUGACGCGGGGGUGACAGCCUACGCUAGCUGCAAGGACAUUAUCCGCAAUGCACGCCCAGGUCAAUACAUCCUGAUCGUUGGCAUUGGCGGGCUUGGGUCAUACGCUGUUCAGUUCCUCCGACUCCUCACCUCUGCUCGCAUCAUUGCUGCCGACAACUCACCUGAGAGGCUAGCCCUCGCCAAGGAUUUGGGAGCAGACGAAGCAAUCCUUUCCAAUGCAAGAUCAAAAGCCGAGAUUGACCGUGUAACCUCAAAUCGAGGUGUCGACGGCGUGGUGGACUUUGUUGGGAGCGACGCAACCUUGCAGCUAGCAAUUAGUGUAGUUCGGCCCCAGGGAUUCGUCUCUGUGCCUGGCAUGCAAGGUGGCUCUGUGCGUUUAGGAUGGAACCUGAUGGCGACGAGUGCUAAGUUUUCACUAUCCCUUGGAAGUACAAGGCAGGACUUGAGGGAGGUGUGUCAGCUGGCGAAGGAGGGUAAGCUGAGGAUUGAUGUUGAUAGGUUUAGCUUUGAUGAGAUACCUAAGGCUUACAAGCAGUUACGGGAUGGUAAGCUGAAGGGUCGUGCGGUUAUUGUAAUGGACUGA